AUGGCGACCGUCAUGCAGAAGAUCAAGGACAUCGAGGACGAGAUGUCAAAGACGCAGAAAAACAAAGCCACUGCACACCAUCUUGGUCUUCUCAAGGCUAAACUUGCAAAAUUACGGCGAGAGUUGCUCACUCCUACAACCAAAGGUGGUGGUGGUGCCGGUGAGGGGUUCGACGUGACAAAAAGUGGAGAUGCACGUGUUGGUUUGGUGGGCUUUCCUUCGGUUGGGAAAUCAACAUUGUUGAACAAGCUGACAGGAACUUUCUCAGAGGUUGCGUCCUAUGAGUUUACAACUUUAACAUGCAUUCCUGGAGUCAUUAUGUACAAAGGGGCUAAAGUACAGCUUCUAGAUCUUCCGGGAAUCAUUGAAGGUGCUAAAGAUGGAAAGGGUAGAGGGAGGCAGGUCAUCAGCACAGCUAGGACAUGUAAUGUCAUUCUGAUUGUUCUUGACGCCAUAAAACCCAUAACUCACAAACGACUCAUUGAGAAGGAGCUUGAGGGAUUUGGCAUCCGGUUGAACAAGACACCUCCCAAUAUGACAUUCAGGAGAAAGGAAAAGGGUGGCAUCAAUUUUACAUCAACAGUAGCGAACACACACUUGGACCUUGACACAGUAAAAGCAAUCUGUAGUGAGUACAGGAUUCAUAAUGCUGAUGUCUCCCUGAGAUUUGAUGCAACAGCAGAUGACCUUAUAGAUGUCAUCGAGGGAAGUAGAAUCUACAUGCCUUGCAUCUACGUCGUCAACAAAAUUGACCAGAUCACAGUCGAAGAGCUGGAUAUCUUGGACAAACUUCCCCAUUACUGCCCAAUUAGUGCACAUCUGGAAUGGAACCUUGAUGGGCUUCUAGAGAUGGUCUGGGAAUACCUAGAUUUGUGCAGGCUAUACACAAAACCCAAAGGGCUGAACCCAGACUACGAGGAUCCUGUGAUCUUAUCAUCCAAGAGGAAAACAGUGGAGGACUUCUGCAACCAAAUCCACAAGGACAUGGCGAAGCAGUUUAAAUAUGCACUGGUGUGGGGUUCAAGCGUGAAGCAUAAGCCUCAGAGAGUCGGCAAGGAGCAUGAGCUUGAGGACGAGGACGUUGUUCAGAUCAUUAAGAAAAUAUAA